CCAAAGCUGCUGUGUGUAAACGUCACAUGUUGUUUUUCCCUUUAGUUCAGUCAUUCCGAAAGAGGGUUUAUUCGCUGUGAACUUGUUGAGAGCGGACCGCGCUGAGCAACAACGAAUGAGCAUAGCUGUUAUUAAACAUUAGUUUUCCGAAUUUUCUAAUUAGCGCAGAGAAAUCAAGUUCACGAAAGUGACUCGGAAUAUUUGAAGCGCAAGGAUGGCGAGUCCGCCGCUGACUGGAGGGACCUCGUUAUCAAAUGUAAACGUUAAUACAAACGUUAGAAAAAGUGGAUACCUCAAGAAGCAGAAGCACGGACACCGGAGAUUUUUUGUCCUGAAAGAGCAGAGCGAUGGGUUGUCAGCCCGUUUGGAAUAUUAUGAGAAUGAGAAGAAAUGGAAAAACAAAUCAGCCGCGAAGAGAGUCAUAUCUCUGGACUCCUGUCUGAGCAUAAACAAGCGCGCGGAUGCGAAACAUAAGUACCUGAUAGCUCUCUAUACCAAGGAUGAAUAUUUUGCUGUUGCUGCUGAAAACGAACAGGAGCAGGAGAGCUGGCACGGAGUGCUGACUGAUUUAAUGAGUGAGGGAAAAGUGUAUGACUGCGCCGUCUCCAAUUCUGCAUCCUCUUUGGUGGGCUUCGACGAAGGUAAUUACGGUAUGAUUACGCCGGUCAGUGCCGCUUACAAAGAGGUAUGGCAAGUAAAUUUGAAAUCUAAGGGACUUGGACAGACGAGAAAUAUCACGGGAGUUUACAGACUGUGUUUAUCGAGCCGGUCAAUUAGCUUUGUGAAACUUAAUUCAGAGGUUGCAUCUGUCAGUCUACAGUUGAUGAACAUAAGGCGAUGUGGCCAUUCAGAUAGUUUUUUCUUUAUUGAAGUGGGCAGGUCUGCUUCUACAGGACCUGGUGAGCUUUGGAUGCAGGCGGAUGACUCUGUCGUCGCUCAAAACAUACACGAGACAAUUUUAGAGGCUAUGAAAGCAAUGAAAGAGUUGUCAGAGUUCAGGCCGCGCAGCAAAAGCCAAUCGUCAGGCUCAAACCCCAUAUCUGUACCCACCCGGCGAAACUUGAACAAUUUGCCUCCCAGCCAGACAGGGCUGGUAAGAAGGUCAAGGACAGACAGUGUGGCAGCCACAUCCCCUGUUACCAAGUUUACUUCCUGCCGGAUACGUACUGCCAGUGAGGGUGAAGGUACCAUGGCACGGCCAGUAUCCAUGACGAUAUCAGAGAAUGGGAGCCCUACUGUUGGCGACCGGAACCAAAUAAACAGGUUCAACACGGUUUCAGUGGGCUGCCGAACAUCUGAACCCUCACUGCUACAUCACAGCAGAUCGAUGUCCAUGUGCAUGCCUGUGUCUCAUUCACCUCCAUCUACUGUAAGCCUGUCGAGUCUCUCCUCUACCAGCAUGAACGGCUGUGCCUCCUCCAUAAUACACAAACCUUCCAGCUGCAGUGGCUCUGUCUCAGGGUCUCCUAGUGACAAUGGCUUCCUGUCAUGUGAUGAUUAUGGGUCCAGCCCAGGAGAUGCAAGGUACAACCCACUGAACCACAGCAAUACACCCUCAUCUUUUUCUGGCACACCCCCUUCCCGUGAAGGCAGUGAUCUUUGUGGUUACAUGAUGAUGGAGAAUGCAUCUAGCCACUCUUUGAAUAAGAACCAGGAAUCCAGCAGGGAGAGGCUAGAUUUGGAGAAGUCAUACAGGAAGAGGACAUAUUCCCUCACAACACCACGACAGCCUAAGGCACCCUCCCAGCAGUCAUCAACUUCACUUGAUGAAUAUAUGCUGAUGAGGGCAGCAUACGCUAAUGGCCACCCAGGGCAGAGCAUGCACUCAGCCUCUCCAAAGGUCUCGUACCCUGAGGACUAUGGAGACAUUGAAAUUGGCUCCAGCAGGAGCUCCAGCAGCAACUUAGGUGACGAUGGCUACAUGCCCAUGAUACCAGGUGUGGCACCCCAAGGCAACAAAAAUGACCACUACAUGCCCAUGAGCCCUAUGAGCGUCUCAGCUCCAAAACAGAUCAUAAACCCCAGAUCCCACCCUCAGGCCACAAGCAACCAAGGCACAACCAACUCCCCCACAAGUGGUUCCAUAGAUGACAGUGGUUACAUGAAGAUGUGGUCUGGGUCCAAGUACUCACUGGAGAGCUCAGAUGGCAGGGUGGCGAACGGGGAGUAUAUGAACAUGUCACCCAUUGAUGUCUCGCCAACACCACCAGAUUACUUCAUUGGUGGGUGUGAGCCGGCACAGCGGCCCUCUCCCUCCCUCCAGGGAUUUAAAAGAGGUGAGGAUCAGUAUGUUUUAAUGAGCCCUCAAAGCCACAGACCAGCAGAGGAGUCCAGCUACUACGCCAUGUCUGCAGCAAAUGCUGGGCCACUGUCACCCAACCCCUCCACCUUGCCCCCGCUUAGGCACAGCCGGACCGAUGGCCUGUUACAUAGAGCACGAGUCAACAGACCCAACAGAUUGUCUCUGGACACUCUGAAGAUGCUGCCGAGUAUGAAUGAGCAUCCCCUCCCCUGUGAACCCAAAAGCCCAGGGGAGUACAUCAACAUAGACUUUGGAGAUGUCGCCCAGUAUUCAGUGCCCUCGGGAUCAGUGGAGAGCCAACGGUCAUCACCCAGCCUUGGUGGCAUCAGACGGAUCUCUCCCCUCUCUGAUUACAUGAACCUUAACCUAAAAUUAGGGGAAACCGUCUCCAGUCCCCUGCAUGAGAUGCCUGAGCUCACCAACUGCCCAGGUCCACCUGAGGAGGGGCGGUACUUCCAUGGUGGGCAGAGGAGCUCUCUGUGCCCACCUGGCACAGGUAAAGAUGAUUAUACUGAGAUGAAGUUUGGUAGUGGGCAUAUCUCUCCUUCUUGUAUCUCUAAGAAUGAGGAAAGUGGUAGAGUAAGCCCAGCUAGCAGGGUACAGAGGCUAACCCUGGGUGACAAAGGUGUGCCAGGCCUAGGGGCAUUCCUAUUACCCACCCCAUCAGUGGACCCUGAUGGAGGGGCGAAGGUGAUCCGUGCAGACCCUCAUGGCCGGAGGCGGCACAGCUCAGAGACCUUCUCAUCCACCACCACUGUCACGCCGGUGUUCCCCUCCUUUGCCCACAAUGCUAAACGGCACAGCUCCGCCUCCGUUGAGAAUGUUUCGGUCCGGAGCAGCGAGGGUUCCGACGAGGAAUAUGGCAGCCCCAUGUGCCGAGAAACCUCAGCUGGGUAUCAGAACGGCCUCAACUAUAUCGCCUUAAACCUCAUGGAGAGCCGUGAGCUGGGCAACUGUGAAAACAUGAUGGGCUUCAAGACUGUCAGUUGCUGCAAAGGGGGAAUUAAUGGACUGCAUGCCAGCCCAUAUGUUUCUUUGGGAUUCACGGAGACAGCGACCACUGUAAAAGGCCUUUUAGGCUGGCACAGAACACAGACUACAACCUUGGUUCUCUUCUUGCUCAUUGUGCGAUAUGGUUCCUGUAGGACCCAGAUGGUCUCCUGCGCCUUAGCUGGAGACUGAUCAUCGUGAGGAUCAUUGUCCUCCUCAAACUGGCACACAGGAUUUAUGGUAACGGAAUUGGUAACGGAAACCUGUGACUGUGACCGGGGUGGCGGCUAUCACCAUGGCUGAACCGUGCUGCUGUAAAUGAACUUUGACCUAUGACCCUCACUCUGCGCCUGAGUUCCAGAGGGCUAAAUUGUGAUCCUUUUCUGGGCUGGCCACUUUAAACAUGGACACCUCUAAGGGUAGGGUCUCAGCGAUCCUCUCUGCCCUUCAGGAACUGCAUACUGCUGCUUUAUAGGUGGCAAUGGUCACAGAGUUGACUCAUUUAUGUUGUAUACUUUUCUGUUGUUCUCAUAACACCUGAAUUUAUUUGGCUGUCCCUGGAGAAAGAAAUACAACCCCCCCCUCCCCAAAUCUUGCACAGAAUCAAUAAUAUUUACUUACUAUUGACACAAACCUCUAAAGAUACAUAUUUAAUAUUUUAUUUAUUUAUACCUAGUACAAAUAGUGAGUAUAUAUGGUAUAUCAUUGAUUAACAACAGUGACCCAAGAAACUGCUACAAGUCCUACCUCAGGAAAAAAAUAAUGGGUUUAAAAAAUUCAGACAUAAUGCAAAUUUAUGAUUUUGAUUUCUGGUUUUCUUAAAUUUUAGUGUUCUUCAAUGACUAAUCAAAAGCCUUACUGUCUCACUGUUAGAAGAUUUACUGAAGACUGUACUUAUUUGGAAAGACAUUAUAUGAAAAAUAUUCAAAUACAAAAUUAUUGUAUCUGAUUUAUAUAUUUUUUUUGUAAAUGCUUAAUUUAUUUCACACUGAGUAAUGAGUUCCUGUAUGAAAGAGGCCAAUUAUCAUAUAAUAUAAAUAUAUGCAAAUUUUACCACUACAUCAAAUGUGGUUAUUGCACACCAUAACGAAUGCCUACCCUCACAGAGAAUACAUAAAUAUUAUUUUUGUGACCAAUUAUAUAAAAUUAUAUAUGUAUAUAUACAUAAUGCAUCCUAAUGUUAUAGGUAGGUAUGGCCAUGGUUAGGCACCCAACAAUCACUGCUAAUGUCUCCCUUUUCAUCACCAUGUCAUAGCUGCUCCUCCUCCACUUUUGGUUCCCCUUAACCAUGUCUUCAACAGUGAUGAUGAAAAUACUUGUGUGCAAAUGGAUGAGGGACUAAGUAUUGGAAAGCCUGGUGAAUUCUGUAAUGGGUAGAAAUGCAGGAGCUUCCCAGAGGGUUGCCAGUGGUUGGCUGUGAUGCUGCGGUAGCCACUGCUAGCGCCUCUCCAUGCAACUUUACAUUGUAAUACAUGACACAUUCGAAUGUAGAGCCUGUAACCCACUUAUGAACAAGCCAGGGAGCCAUAGAAUGAUAACUGCACCAAAACAACUGAGCUAGCAUUUCUCAGUGCCCCCCCCCCCCCCCCCCCCCAAUUCUGUGAUAUGUAUACAAAGCUAUUAUUACAGGAGUAGGUUUUUAUUAUUAGAGGAGUAUAUUUAUUAGAGGAGUAUGUUUUUGUCACUGGAAGUUUAGCAGUUUUCUUCCAUCUGAAAAUGAUUAGAACAUAAUAUCUGAAGUAAAUGAUAAAAAAAAAA